AUAUUAAAAGAAAAGAAAACCUGGAACAAGUUUAAUCGCAUAAUCAGGCAUCAAAGCUGCCGACUGAAUGUAACGUUUAUGGUAUAUAUUGCCAUUAAUCAAAAUCGUUAUUACUUAGACUUGGGUGAUAAUUGCUAAGUAAUUUACUGCAUUUAUGGUAAGAUUAUGUUGUAGUGUAAAAUAUGACUAUAUGUAGUUUUAUAACUAGCCUACACAAACUGUUAUGACUUAAGUAUACGCCCUGGCUCAUGCCGAUAAAAGAGCAAUGUACAUCAAAUGCCUUUUAUCUAUCUAACAAUGGACAGUAGAUUUAUGUUUUAUCACCAUCAAUCACUAAUCUUUCAUUAAAUAAGUAGACCUGCUGAAUGUCAACAGGUUUUCACGUAAACCAGGCACUAAAACCAUACGUGCAGGGUCGCAAAAGACACUAAAGACGUAACAAACUUGCAUCAUGUUUAGCCCCUGGAUGACCAACCACUGACUGCAGGAGGCGUGACACUUGCGUGCACUCCAGUGCAGAUAAAACCACCGAAGUCUUCUGUCAGGCGCGUGCACUUCGCACAGCUGCAGUUUGGUCACUUUAGGCAAAGGGGAUCAUCUAUAUAAAUAUAUAUAAUAGCCUACAUGUGUAUGGAUUAUAAUUCAAGACUAAAACUCCGAAGCGAUAACUUUUUAGAUUGUUGCACCGUUAAAAAGUGCGAUACUUUGCUUUAUUGUAUUUCUAUUUUAUUUUUUUCUUUACUAAAUAGUCCAUAUGGCUCGUUUCCCAAGCAUGGACGACAAGUGUGCUGUUUUAUAUUUAUCGCGUCUGCAGCCGGACGACUUGAACUUGGAUCAUCUCACGGACAGUAAAAGACAAAAAAUCCAGCAGCUGCAUCUCACUUACAAUCGUUUAUUGCUUCUUCCACCUUCCGUUUGUUUUCUGUGUAACCUGGAAUAUCUGGAUAUCAGCAAUAAUGCGCUCACAGUCAUACCAGAUGACAUUAUGCGCCUAACAAACCUGAAGACGUUUGUAGCAAAGAACAAUCUUCUGGACGAGUCCUCGUUCCCUAAAGAGUUUGAACGCAUGCAGGUAGAGACUCUGAAUCUGAGUGGGAACAGGUUUGAGGAGAUUCCCGAGCAGUUUCUCAAAAUGACCACACUACAGUCCUUGUCACUUGGAGGAAACAGAUUGAAGAAUAUCCCGGCAGAAAUAGAGAACCUGACCAGUCUAGAGUUGCUGUAUUUGGGAGGGAACCUCAUCUCCUUCAUCCCACCUGAGGUUGCUAACCUCACCAGUCUGAGAUAUCUGGUUCUGUGUGACAAUCGCAUCCAAAGCAUACCGCCCCAGCUCAACAAACUACACUCCCUGCUCUCUCUCAGUCUCCACAACAACCUGCUGACCUUCCUCCCUCGUGAGAUCCUCAGCCUCGUCCAUUUGCAGGAGCUCAGUCUGCGUGGAAACCCUCUAGUUGUGCGCUUCAUCAAGGACAUGACCUAUGACCCUCCAUCCCUGACGGAGCUGGCAGGACGCACCAUCAAGUCACAGAACCUUCCGUUCAGCUCGUGUGACCUACCGUCCAAUCUGAACCAUUAUUUAAACCUGGCUAGCAAAUGUCCCAACCCAAAGUGUGCAGGUGUUUACUUCGACUCAUGUGUGAGGCACAUCAAGUUUGUGGAUUUCUGUGGGAAGUACCGGCUGCCACUCAUGCAUUACCUCUGUUCCCCGCAGUGUUCCUCUCCCUGCAGCUCAAACCCACAGAGCGACGCGGAGUCAGAGGACGAGAACAGCGUCCCUGCAGACAGGCUCCAGAGAGUACUGCUGGGAUAGUACAGACAGAUCUCCAACAGAGACAGUUACCUGUCACAGCAUUUCCAUUCAAUGCUUAAUUUCAUGUUUUUGUAGACCUAUAAAAUGUUAAAAACACUUUGACCCAAAAGAGUUGGGUUUUAGAACUGUUUUAAUGACUGAACAAAAAAAGCACUGCCUAUUUAGCUGAACUGUGAUUAAUACAGGUAGGUUUAAACUGUAAAUCAAACUUAAAGUGAUAGUUCACUCAAAAAUGUUGUCAUCAUUUUCUCACUCUCAUGUCACAUAUACCUUUUUUUUUUUUUUUUGGAUGAUUUUAGAAGACAUUUGAUAUUGUAUAUUGUCACUUGGACUACUUUUACAGUUCUUUUAUGGUGUUUUUGUCUGUUUUUGAUCAUUUAACUUUUGCGUUUCAUGGAGAACAAAAGCAAAUUGGUUUGAAAUUUCACGAGGGUGAGUAAAUAAUAAAAAUGUGAACUGUUCCUACUAAUGUUGCUCUUUAGGCAUCUGACACUUUUGCAUCUUGCCUAAAACAGUAUUUUGAGUAGGUCAGCUUGACAUGCUAUCAGAGAACAAACCGGCCGCUUUGCACUUCUGGAAAAUGUGAUCAAUACGUGAACAGUUUACUCUUUGACCUCUUCUUUGUAUUGAUUGUUAAUCUGCCCUAACUUUUUUUGUUCAAAGUUCAGGUUAUGGAAUAUGAUGGCUACUUCGCACAAUUUGAAAAUGAAUGGAAAGCUAUCAUCCAAGACACAACCUUGAAAAUAGUUACACGCUAAAAGGACACUUUUUGAAUUUUGCCUUAUUGUCAGAAGUUUGGUUUCAGAUCAGUAUUAAAUGGUUUACUGUCUCUAAAAGAGCUCAUAAUGACCUUAAUAGUAAUAAAACAUAGAUAUCAUUGUCCUUGAUGAUAACUUA